ACCACGGGAAACAGUCUUGGAGGGGAGCGCGUUACCGAGAGCCAGUGAUUCUUCGGAAGAGGGUGUGGUUUCGGUGUGAUUGGGAACCUGAUUGACUGAGCCGUGAGACACCGUUGGGAAGAGGGCGGAGCUUGCAACUUGGGCGGAGCCCUCAAAAGAAUUGGGUAGCCUUGGUGCAUUAGGUACAACUUCUGCGCUAUGGGAAAAAGAAACAAGAGGACAGCAGAUAGUUCGUCCUCUGAAGAAGAGGAGGAAUAUGUUGUGGAGAAGGUUCUAGACAGGCGUGUUGUGAAGGGUCAAGUGGAGUAUCUUCUCAAGUGGAAAGGAUUCUCUGAGGAGCAUAAUACCUGGGAACCUGAAAAGAACCUUGAUUGCCCUGAACUGAUUGCUGAGUUUAUGAAAAAAUACAAAAAAAUGAAGGAAGGUGAAAACAAGCCUCGGGAGAAAUCAGAGGGCACCAAGCGAAAGUCUAGCCUUGCCAACAACGCUGAAGAGAUAAAAACCAAAAAAAAGAGAGAGAGCACCGAUAUUGCCAGGGGCUUUGAAAGAGGAUUGGAGCCAGAAAAAAUCAUCGGAGCCACAGACUCCUGCGGAGAUUUAAUGUUCCUAAUGAAAUGGAAAGACACAGAUGAGGCUGAUCUGGUUCUAGCAAAAGAAGCCAAUGUGAAGUGCCCUCAAAUUGUGAUAGCAUUUUAUGAAGAGAGACUGACCUGGCAUGCAUACCCAGAAGAUGCUGAAAACAAAGAACGGGAAACAGUGAAAAGCUAAAGUGGCUGGGGUUCUCUGUCCAUCCAUAAUUGUACAUAUCCGCCCUCCCUUUCCCUCUGCCCAAAUGCAUCCAUGCAAAUGUGCUUAUUACUGUGCUCGACAGGAGAAAUGUUGAUAUUGGUUGGUUUAGUCAUAACAUAAAUGGUGUGAGUCACGUUUGGUUUCCCUCCAGGAGAUUGACAUGCAGUGUGGAGUUCUAUCACCUCAUCAUUAAUAACAAUAAUGGUUCUUGUUUUUAAAGCUUCCUCAGAGCCUCCAGGCCUUUUCUUCCUGCCUGGCUGUUUAAUCAUCAUGUUCUGUGUAGAGAAUUAUUAAGCAUCAUUGUUACUGAUUUAAAAAUGGCAGGAACUCCCUGAAUUCAGGACAGGCCCAACUGAUCUACCACAGGCUUUAGAUUCUUAGGUCACCAAAAUAACAAGCAAGUUAAAUCUUGGGGAAGGCCUUUUUCUAGUUUCUUUCAAAAUUGCUAACAUGUUGCUUGAAUUGCAUUCAAAAUGCUAGGCAGCCAUUUUCACCCAAAUUUUCUAACUUCAGGUCAGAACAGGAACCUUUUGAACAAAUAGAAAUUAGUUGGCAAGGAUAGCAUCCCUCUUGAACCUGUAUUUCUCAUCUUAUUCCUUUCAUUCCUUCCUAUCUCUUAUCUUCCUUAUUACUGGUGCUAUUUGCAUGACAUGUUUAGUUAGAUUAUAAGGGUAUCUAAUUAAUCAUGUGUGUACUCCAAAAAUUGAGUUAAUUGACCCAUAACCUAUCCUGGCAAGAAGUCUUUCCUCUCCCCCCCCCCCUGCAAACUAUUGGUACUUAAUAGACAA